AUGUCAGUGCAGUGUCUUCCCACUUGUGCCUGCUAUCCUGCUGAAGAUGAAGGGCUGCAGACGCACAGACUGCCUUGCAAAGCCUCUGUCCGGACUUUUUGAAAAACUCGGAUCAACAAUAGGCUCCCGUCCUUUUUAUUUUUUAAUCAUCCCUCUUAUUGUCUCAACAGCACUUGGUGGAGGUUUCUUUUUUCUCAAGGACAGGGAGGACAAUGAUCUUGAGCAGCAGUUCACACCCAGGAAAGGACCCUCAAAAGCAACAAAAGCUUUUGUCAAGGAAAACUUUCCCUACAAUGACUCCAUGUUUUCUGACAAAAGGCUGUACGACAUGGAAAAAUUUGCUUCCUUCAUUGCCGUGUCAACUGAUAACCGUAACAUGCUGGAUAAUCCAGCCUUUGAGGACCUCAUCAGACUCAACGAUAAGAUCCUUAACAUCAGUGUGAACUCUAAGAGAUCGGGUUUCAGUGAGCUGUGCGCCCAAGUCAAUGGAGAAUGUGUCUCAAAUGCCAUCUUGGAAAUGAUUAGCUCUAAUGAAACGGAUCGAACCAGCUUAUUCUACCCGGUACAUAACCACAGAUCCAGACCAGUCUUCCUGGGUUAUGUGCUCGGUGGAGUUAUUACAGAUGCCAACAGCUCAGUCAUAAGUGCUCAGGCUGUAAAGCUCUUCUACUACUUGGGGACUCAAGAAAGCACAGAUGAAGCUUCGAAAAUAUGGCUGAGAGGGUUCAAAGCGCUCUUAUCAAACGAGGGGGACAGCGAACACAUUGAUGUGUCGUACUACACCUCCAAAUCCAAGCAGGAGGAGAUUAACAGUCACACUACAGAUGGCUUCCCUUUAUUCCUCACCACUUAUGCCCUGGCCAUCACCUUCUCAGUGAUCUCCUGCAUGAGAACGGACAAUGUGAGGAACAAGGUGUGGGUGGCGGUCUUUGGCGUCCUCUCCUCCGGGCUGGCAGUCAUCUCCUCUUUUGGCUUGCUGCUUUACAUUGGAGUGCCGUUUGUGAUCACUGUCGCAAACUCUCCGUUCCUGAUUCUUGGAAUCGGUCUCAACAACAUGUUCAUAAUGGUGUCCGACUGGCAGCACACCAGGGUCACCGACCCCGUCCCUGAGCGGAUGGCUCACACUUACAAAGAAGCCAUCAUGUCCAUCACCAUCACGGCCGUGACGGACGUCCUCAAGUUCUUCACUGGCAUCGCGUCUGACUUCCCGUCGGUGCAGGCUUUCUGCCUGUACACCGCAACAUCCAUCAUAUUCUCCUACAUCUACACAAUCACCUUCUUCGGAGCCUUCCUGGCUCUCAACGGCAAGCGGGAAGCCGACAACAGGCACUGGCUGACCUGCAUGGUAAUACCAACAGAGCAUUCUGAACACCGCUCUGAGAUGUUUAACAUCUGCUGUGUGGGAGGAGGCUAUGAUAAAAACACUGGAGCAGAAAAAAAACAGCCAACCAGCAAUUUCUUCAAGGAUUACUACGGCCCAUUUUUGAUCAAAGCCUGGGUCAAGGGAGUGGUAAUCUUCCUGUACGUGGCGUAUUUAGCUGCAAGUAUUUAUGGAUGUUUCCACGUAGAGCAUGGGAUUGAGCUGGCUGAUCUUGCGGCUGACGACUCCCACGUCACGAGAUUCAACUGGAAGGACCGGCAGUAUUUUUCCGCUUACGGUCCAUCUGUGAUGGUUAUUGUGAACGAGCCUUUCCCAUAUUGGGAUAAUAUCAAGAGGUCACAACUUCAAGGAUGUAUGGAGGACUUUAAAAAGCUCCAGGUUGUAGAUGAGGAUGAAUACACGUGUUGGCUGGACUCUUAUUUGUCAUACGGACUGGAGAGACAGUUAAACCUUGAUGAUAAGGAUGUUUUCCUCAGAAAUCUCCCCAAGUUUUUUGAUUUAUAUCCUUUUUUCAAGCAAGAUGUGAACAUCACUGCAGAUUCCAUCUCUGCAUCCCGGUGUUUCAUUCAGACUGUUGACAUUGCCAACACCAGCAUGGAAAUCUACAUGCUUAAAGCCCUUAAAUCCACAGGAGGCAGAUGCCAGGUGACUCCUUUAUCAGUCUACAACCAGGAAUUCAUCUUCUACGACCAGUACGACAUGGUAGUGAGCAGCAUCCUCAAAAGCGUCGGCGUGAUCGCGGCUGUGAUGUUUGUCGUCUCUCUCCUGCUGAUCCCCGAGCCCCUCUGUUCAUUAGCAGUGACGUGUUCCAUCGGUUCGGUGACGGCUGGGGUGACCGGUUUCAUGACGCUGUGGGACGUCAGCCUGGAUUCCAUAUCCAUGAUCAUUUUCACCGUCUCCAUCGGCUUCACCGUCGACUUCUCGGCUCACGUUUCUUACGCCUUCGUCUCCAGCAAGAAGUCGAGCCCGAACGACAAGGCCGUUGACGCCCUCUCCAAUCUGGGUUACCCCAUCCUGCAGGGCGCCCUGUCCACAAUUUUAGGGGUGUCGAUUUUGUCCGUGUCUGAAUUUCACAUCUUCAGAACAUUUUUUAAGCUCUUUUUUCUCGUCAUGGUCUUUGGGAUGAUCCACGGCCUUGUUUUUAUGCCAGUAGCCCUGACGAUACUCACGUGCAGAUCAGAUAAAGAUGAGCCCGAAGAGAGUAAUUUUGAAGUGAGCAAAUUAUAACCAUCGCUUGCACAGUAGCUAUAGUUAGGCAGAUAUGAUCAAUCAUGUUCCAAAAGAAAAAAAUACAUCAUGUCUAUGGUGUGUGGUUGCCUUGAGUUUAAUCGUUAGAUAGAUGUGUGUAUUUGUAUGAGUUUGUCUAGCCUCAAGGUUCGCCUUUUUGUUUUUCCCUAAUUGAUCACACUUAUGUCAAUGUACUGAGAGCUGCUGACUAUUUUUUUUACUAUGCUGGAAAAUAAAGUUUUCAUAAUAAACUGUGUUUCUACUUU